GCGCGGAGAGGAAGGGGAAGUCACUUCAGCUAACCGUGGUACCAGCGAUGACUGUAUUGAGGUCUCCAGCACCAGUCAGCCCCGCUGAGAGCAUGUUCUGGUUGUUCCAGUCUCUCCCACUCGUCUUCUGCCUCGGCCCAGGGAAUGUAGUUUCACAGAGCAGCUCAAGCCCAUUGGUGAUGAACGGGACUCUGCUGGAGUCAGUAACUCUGCCUCUAAACCUUCCUUUGGGAGAGACGGUCACAUUCAUCACUUGGCUCUACAAUGGAGUAUCCAUUGCCUUCAUACAGCCAGGUGGACAACCAACAGUCCUAAUGACCAAUCCAAAAUGGCGAAAACAACUGGACUUCACCGAAUCCUAUUCCUUGUGUCUCAAAAACCUUACAGGGACAGAAGCAGGAUCUUACAGUGCUCAGAUAACCACAGAGACCUCUGUAAUAUUUUCUAAUUAUACACUUAGAAUCUUUGGGCAACUGAAGAACUUGCAAGUUACCAAUCACAUUCAGCUGUCUGAGAAUAGGACCUGUGAGAUCCACCUGACCUGCUCUGUGGAGAAUCCAGAUGAUAAUGUCUCAUUCAGGUGGCAGACACCAGGAAACAUGUAUCUAAGUGAACCAAACCUCACUAUCUCCUGGGACCCCAGGAAUGCCAGUGAACAGAGUUACACCUGCAUAGCUGAAAACCCUGCCAACAACUUAUCUCUCACUGUGUUUGCCCAGGAACUCUGUGAAGGUAUUUUCGAUAAGGAAAGUGGACGCUGGGGUAUUCCAUGGAUUAUACCUUUAGCUCUUUCGAUAAUUAUAGUCAUCGGUGUGGUGAUGAUUUUCUGUUGGAAUAAAAGAGGUUCCCUUUAUUUGUCUACUCAGCAAACCCAGAGUCCUGCAGAGUGCCCGUGGGACAUAGGUGACACGUCAACAUAUCCAGGGAGCACUGUGUAUGCACAGGUCACUCAUCCGAACCAGGAAAAAGGAAAUUCAACACCUGUGAAAAACAAUGACUCUGUCACAAUUUACUCCACAGUUAACCAUUCCAAAGAGAGUAAAUACAUUGCUUCCAGGAAAACUGCCCUUGACAAUGUCAUCUGAGUUUCUGACAGGCUUCAGAUACUCAGGAAUGAUGGGUCUCCUGAUCCCACAGGACAGAAAUGCAUCAGGAAGCUUGGUAUCCUGCCUGGCUACAGAAUCUGAAUUCCUACAUUUAUUGCUUCCAGAUCUCCUGGCUUGGACCUGCUUAGCUAGGUUCAAUACGUAAGGAGUAACAUCAUUUCCAGUACAGGAUCCAAACAGUAUUUCUCCAUCUACUCUAGGACGAAGCAUGCUUCAGUUAACAUAUCUGCAAUUUGACUCCCUCAUUGGUAACUAAACAAGCAGAGCUGCAUUUGACAGAGAUGCUGUAAUUCAGAAGGCAAUCACUUCUACCUUUAUAAAGCAUCAGAAGUUAAUUCCUUGGGAUAGCGCACUAUGUUCUGACAGUGUCGGGAGUUGGGUGGAAUCACACUCAUAGACUGGUGUAUUCUUUACUAGACUGACCUUGGGGCAGGUUAAUGAUCUCAUAAGCUUUGGACCCCAGACUGAACUGGAGGAGGACAACAAUGUUUCAAUUUCAGUGCCACAGUUAAGAAUCCAAGGCAUCCAGGGCCCUUGAACUCUACCUCCAGGACAGUUUGAACCUCUUCACUUCUCUCAGUUCCUCACACUGUCCCUGAUCAGGAACACCAUAAUAACCUCCUCCAGGAGCUCACCUCACAUUCUCCCUUCUGCCUCUUCAAUGCAUUCUGCACACGGCAACCAGCUUCAUGUUUUCGAUAAAACUCAGAUCCUGCACCUGCCUACUUAAGCUCCAGCAUGGAGACCAGUCUCCAUGACCCUGGAGGAUGUGCACCUCCAGUCUCAGCUGCCAUCUGUCUCCACACUGGCCCAAGUCAGCCUCCUUCCCUCAUCUUCUUGCAGCUCCUCCAGUAACAGAAAAUGCUAAGAGAAAGAGUGAUUAGCAUCUGCCUCAAGGUCCUUCUCCUCAGUCCUUAGAUUUCAGCUCCAAUGGCCAUCCCUGGAAGAGGCCUACCGAGAACUCCCCGCAGAAAGCUGGUCCCCUUAUCACUCUGUUGCACUUUUCACGUCAUUUAUCGUGUGUCAUUCAGAUAUUUAUUUUCAUCUGCCCAUAUUUUAUCUGCACACAGCCACUAUUCUAUUCAUUCCUAUAACCUUAACAUCUAGCACAUUCCAGGUGGUCACGAAAUAUUUUUGAUAACUAAAAGGACAUGUGAUGUGGUUUGUGAAAUGAAAUAAAACAAUGCAGUCAGACCUCUGUAUGUGUGGAUUCUGCACCCGUGGAUUCUUCACUGUGGACUGAAAAUACUUUUAGUAAAAUGUUAUCUGUUCCAAACACACACA